UUGGUGUCUUUUCCUUUUUCCUUUUCUUAUGAGGACACUAGUUAUAUUGGAUUAGGACUUAACCCUUGUGACCUGAUUGAACUUUCAUUACCUCUUUAAAGGCCCUAUUUCCAAAGACAGUAAAUUGGUUGGGACUUCAACAUUUGAAUUUGGGGGAACAAAGUUCAGUCUGUAAUACAUUAGCAUUGUGUGUGUUAAUCUACAAUGCUAUGAAACAUAGAGAAGAGACUUAUUAAAAAUGAGCAAUACCUUAAACACUUAAGAUUUAAAGGUAUGGAAAUAUAUACAAGUUUCAAGGAAGAAAAGACUGAGGCAGAAUGAACCAUAUUGAGUAUGGGGUAGGAAGUACUAUAAACUUUUAUAGAAAUAACUUGAGUAAAUCUUCUAAAAUCUUAGAAAUCCAGGAAGUGUUUAUCCGUUCUUGUAACAGUUGCUUAAGUGUAUGUCAUAAUAGGUUGCCAGGGAAGUUGUCAUAGAUCAUGGAGAGAAAUACUUCCCAGUCACCUUCAUCUGUUUGAGCAUGUUUUAUUUUCUAAGCAAGAAACCAUCAUGGGAGACCUUUUUUCUUUAUUUUGGGGGGUAGAGCCUACCCCCAUACCAUUAAGUUUUAGCAUUCCAAGUCAGGAUUAUGAAUGCCAGAAGGAUGACUCCUGUGGGGCAGUAGGGAGCUUCCUGCUUUGGUAUUUUGUCAUUAUAUUGGUCCUGAUGUUCUUCUCUCGGGCUUCUGUCUGGAUGUCUGAGAAUAAAAGGGAUGAAGACAGUGGGACGAGUGCUUCAGUAAAUAAAGCAAGCAAAGAAACUUCCAAUAAGUGGCAAAGUAAAGAUAGCCCCUGGGACUCUUCACAAAUGAUGAAGAAACCUAAGCAGAGUCAACUUUCCCCUGUAACCAGUUCAGAAGUGGCCUUGGUCAAUGCCUAUCUUGAACAAAGACGAGCCAAGCACCAUUCUCAGUUCUACCAGGUGAAUCAGAUCCAACAUGACAGUGAUACUACUGAAUGUGACAGUGAAGAAUCUAACUCAGGAGCCUCCUCCUGGAAGGAGAGUGAAAGUGAAUAUCAUCCAUCACCAGCCAGUAUUCAGAAGAGAAAAACAGCUCAGAGGCAAAGGAAUCUGGGAAAUUACCAAAUAAGGGAAAGGCUCUGCCUCCACUGUAAAGCCAUGAGAACCAAUGAAUGGUUGGCACGACAUUUCCUACAAAGCCCUUCAGGAACAGCCUCUGUGAAGGGAGAUACUCAAGAUGAAAAUUCUAUACCUGACAUUAACACAAAAUUUAGUAAAUUUUGAAUUUUGUCAUUCUUAACUUACUUGAAGCCAAAUGAAAGAGAUGAGUAAAACAUGAAAAAUCACCAGAGUCCUGGGUAAGGAGACUUUUAUAAUAAAGCCUCUCUGCUAACAAAAACAUACUUGAAAGUAAAUUUUACCAAGAGGUAAAAUUUCAGACAACUAUUUAUUCAAAGAAAGGCCAGCAAAUUUGUUUAUGGCACCAUUGGAACAUUGAAGACCUGCAUCACUAUGAUUUUUUUUUAUUCAAAAGAG